AUGCCACAACACGUAGUCGUCGUUGGAGCUGGCGUCAUCGGCCUCAGCAGCGCCCUCCUCCUCCGACAAGCCGGCCAUGCCGUAACCAUCGUCGCCCGGGAUUUCCCCGAGUCCUUCGAGACGAUCGACCCCCUGACCAAAAUCAACUACACCUCCCCCUGGGGCGGAGCUCACAACCGCUGGGUCCCCCCCCACCACACCCUCCCCGCGCACCUCAUCCGCGAGCACGCCCUCUCGCGCACCACCUACACGCACAUGCAGCGGCUCUUCCAGGCCCACCCGCACACGGCCGGCAUCACCUUCUGCAAGGGCAUCGAGUACAUGGAGCAGCCGGGCCCCGCGCAGACCGAGACCCUGUCGACUCCCGCCAACCCCAACGCGCUGGAUCUGCCGGGGUUUCGGCUGUUGGAGCGGGGGGAGUUCCCUGCCGGUGGUUCUGGGGGUGGUGGUGGUGGUGGUGGUGGUGGUGGGGUGGCGUGGGGUUGUGAGUAUGAUACGUGGUGUGUGAACCCGAUGGUGUACUGCGCGUUUUUGCUGCGGCGGUUUGUAAAUCGCGGGGGGCGGAUUGUGAGGCGCGAGCUGAGGAGGCCCGAGGAGGUGUUUGCGCUGUCGGCGGCGGAGUUGGGGUUGGCGGUUGGUGGUGAUGGGGAUAAAAAGGUGCCGGUGGUGGCGGCGGUGGUGAAUGCGUCUGGUACGGGGCUUGUCCCUGAUCCGGAUAUGACCAUCACCCGCGGUCAGACGUGCCUGGUGGCGGAGGACUGCGACGCGACGGUGACGAGGCAGAAUGUGGAUGGGACGUGGACGUUUUGCGUUCCGAGGGGAUUCGAGGGCGGGACUAUUAUUGGUGGGACGAAGGAGCUGAAUAACUGGGAUACGAAACCCUCGGCCGAGGUGAGGGCCGAGUUGUUGAGGAAGUUUGUGGAGACAUAUCCCAAGAUCCUGGGGGGCAAGAAGGAGCUGACGGUGGUGAGGGAUAUUGUUGGGAGGCGGCCGACGAGGAACGGCGGGCCAAGGAUUGAGGGGGAGGUUGUGCCUGGUGCUGGGUUUGUAAUGCAUGCGUAUGGACUGGGAGGAAGAGGUUACGAACUGUCGUGGGGGGUUGCCGAAGCAGUGGUCGAAGGGGUUGAGACGCAGAUACAGGGGGCGGAAGCAAAGUUGUAG